UGAUUCAUUUUCAGUACGACCACAAAGGAUGCCAAACCGCAAGCUUAAACCUCGUGGUGUCAUGGCAUUUUUGGACAUACUUGCGUAGCUUUGUAGGCAAGAUAGGCUAUGAAAUUAUCGAAGCGGCUAAAUUAAUUAGUGACAGGCUGUGCCUGCUUAACAAAGAGAAUUAAUAAACUUUAGGGCGCUCUGCGAGCCUCACAGUAUGGAUAAAAUAUGUAUUAUUUGUGUAACGUGCUGUGCGCUUUUUGCAUGGUGCUCUGCUGCGCCAAAAAACUGGACUGCGGAACAGGGGACACAACCUGAAAAAGAGGCAGAGCAACAUGACAGUCUGCAGGAGGAGAUUGAUGACCAGGAGAAUAUUCUCUCUAAGCUGCUGGGUGAUUAUGACAAAGUGAAAGCCCUGUCGGAAGGCUCUGACUGUCGCUGUAAAUGUGUUGUCAGACCCCUGAGCAGGAGCGCCUGUCGGCGGAUAGAAGAAGGGAGCGCAACUGCGCAGGACUUCUACACAGUGGAGACUAUCACGUCUGGACCCGAGUGCAAGUGCGCCUGCAUCGCUCCUCCGUCAGCAGUCAACCCAUGCGAGGGAGAGUUCAGGCUGAAAAAACUUAGGGAAGCCGGGAAAGAAAAUGUCAAGCUCUCCACCAUCCUUGAGCUGCUGGAGGGAUCCUUCUAUGGCAUGGAUUUACUGAAGCUGCACUCCAUCACUAAUAAGCUCGUUCAUCGCGUGGAGCACAUCGAAAAGGUGGUGUCUCUGAAAAACACCAGUGAUGAGGUUGAGCCCCAGAGGAGCCCUCCUAUCAAGUUAGAGGUGACAGAGAGCCCACCCACCCCUUCUCUCCACCUUCGGCAGGAGAAGAAGAAGAGACUCAGUGAGCUGAGUAACAAGGCGGCAGCUUAUCAAAACCCAGAGGAAAAGUAUGAGGAGAAGUUUGUUGUGGGAGAUGAGUCCUUCCGAAAGAUGGAUGCUCCUGCGCAGACCGUCCAGGGGGAGCCUGAGGUCACUCCCCAGGAAGUGACAAACAAGGGGGGCUCCCAGACGAAGACUGGCAGCAAUGGCAUGAUCAUCAGAGGAAUGACUUUCUAUAAAUCUGAACCAGAUCCAAUGGUUGCUGAUGACGGGGAGCCUGGAGAAAACUUUUUUGAGUAUCAUGGCUUCAGUGGCGACGGCCCGGUCAACCUCUUCAUUGAGGAGCAUCUCCUUAUGCACCGAGCCCCACCUUCCAGACUCAAGCCCGGGGCGGGACCACGAGCACCUCGACCAAAGACACCGGGUCUAGUGAGCGACACCAAGAGGACCAGCCAAUCAGCGACCAUUGAACAAAUAGAAUCUGCCACAAGAAUUUUGAAUGAAUCCCCCGACUCCAUGGCAGCGACCUCAGAAGGUGUUUCUUCAACUGCGAGCACCGCAGCAUCCACAGUGUCUGGCAUCACCGCUGGACUGUCCACACCCAGGACCACAGACACUCAUUCAACUGUAGAUCAGUCUACUGGCCAGAUCAAUACCAGAAACACGAAAUGGCCGAUUCCCAUGACGACCACUCCGGCCAGCACCUCCCCAAGAAUCACCACAAAGGAACCAGUCAAAACUACCAUGAACACAAUCACAACCACCCAAAAAUCACCAGCAAAGGAGACCCAAACAACAUUCACAACCCCUAAGACAUCAAUCACUGUGAUGGAAACCGUUACCAUGGAAAGGAAAGAGAAAACGCAAACCAUAUCUGGCAGUACCGCCGCACAGUCUAGCACACAAGGACAACACACAACAAUUGGGGUGUCGCCCACCACCACAAUGGCUACAACAACUGUCCUGACCACUGUUGCUCCAACUUCAGCAUCCAUAACCCCCACAGCAGCUACCUCAACACAGGCCGCCCCCACGCCAACACCACAACAACAAACUGAAUCCACCUCUUUCUCUGGGUUGACUGUGGCUCCUACUACACAAAGACUGACCACACGCUCUCCUCAAACCUCCCCACUUUCCUCCACACCUGUGACCACCACCACUUCAGCCACCACCACCACUUCAGCCACCACCACCACCACCACCACCACCACACAGACUGCCCCAGGCAAACGCAAGUACAGAAUCAGCUGGGAUGAGGAAGAGCCAGAGGAGACAGAGGCAGAACCGGCAGAGUCAGUGCAAAGUCAUGAGGAAGGAGCACGAAGAAAACUAGGGGAAUGCAAGGACACUUUGUCAUCAAUCUCAGAUCCGAUAACUCACAACACCUAUGGCAGAAACGAGGGAGCAUGGAUGAAAGAUCCCAAGGCUAACGACGACAAGAUUUACGUCACAAACUACUAUUAUGGGAACAACCUCCUGGAGUUUCGCAACAUGGCAGUGUUCAAACAAGGGCGUUUCACCAACUCCUACAAGCUCCCUUACAACUGGAUCGGCACAGGCCACGUGGUGUACAAUGGCGCCUUCUACUACAACCGCGCCUUCUCCCGUGACAUCAUCAAAUACGACCUGCGCCGGCGAUACGUGGCCGCCUGGACCAUGCUGCACGACGUCGUGUUCGAAGAGUCGUCGUCGCCGUGGGAAUGGCGCGGCCACUCGGACAUAGACUUUGCGGUGGACGAGAGCGGCCUGUGGAUCAUCUACCCCGCGCUCGACGACGAGGGCUUUUUACAGGAGGUGAUCGUCCUGACUCGGCUGAACCCCUCGGACCUCAGCAUGCAGAGGGAGACCACCUGGAGAACCGGGCUCAGGCGGAACCACUACGGCAACUGCUUCAUCGUGUGCGGCGUCCUGUAUGCUGUUGACAACUACAACCUCAGAGACACCAACCUGGCGUACGCCUUCGACACGCACACCAACACGCAGAUGACUCCGAGGAUGCCCUUUACUAACAACUACACCUACAUCACACAGAUCGACUAUAACCCCAAGGAGGGGCUGUUGUAUGCGUGGGACCAUGGACACCAAGUCACAUACAACAUCAAGUUCGCCUAUGUAGACCCCUAGUGAGGGUUUAACCGUAGUUCUGUGACAAAGUGAAAUGAUUUUAUGAGCUAAAGUGGAUUGUAGACCAGUCCACAUGGCCAUCAGUGUAUUGUGAUUCACUACCAUUUAUAAACCUGUCUUGGUUAGGAAUACGCAUUUUGGAUGUUUGUUCUCUCAACAAAUUAUUUUUUCCUCUGUACCUGAAACAAAUGAAACCGUGAAACUUCAUACUUCAGUCAACGCAGCUCGUUGUACUGUAUAUACAGUAAUACUGUAAAAUAAAGCCUUGAGAGGUACAUGAAUGUAUAAAAGAUGUCAGCGCAAGUCCACAGCAAGGCUUGGGUCAAAUAAAGCUAUCACUUGUAAUUUACAUGGAAGAAAAAAACAGUUCAGUAAUACAAUUUUCAUGGAGAAAUUGUCAUUCCAUGUGCUUUUUUUUUUAUACAUUUUAUUUUUAUAUUACAGUUUCUUUCCAUCCUUGUACAUAUGCCAUAGGUCCUCUGUGUGGUGAUAUCAUUGCGGUAAUGUCACAGAUAGCUGUCGACCUUUAUCUUGUGAAAGCACUUACUCCCUCCAUACGAGACUGUACUGUUUGGAAGAGACUGCAAUAAAGGUCUGAAAAU